AGAGUUAAGACCAAAACAGAGAGAGAGGGUUUCGGCAGAGGAAGAAGAAAAAGAGAAGAGAGAGAGAGAGAGGGUCCGGUGGCUAUUUCCAUGGCCACUCUCCGCUCCUUCAUCUCCUCCUCUUCUUCUCUUCAUCUACUCCCUCCUCCUCUGCUUCGCUUUUCUUCUCCUCCUCCUCCUCCUAUCUUCCGCCACGUCGCUACCCCUAGAGGAUUCUCGCGCCUGGUUCUCGCUUCUUCGGCUUCUCCUUUCGAUGAUCUCAGACGUCCGAUUCAAUCCUCCAAGAAGUCGGUUCUCUCAAAUUUGAUACAAGAGAUAGAGCCCUUGAACGUGAGCCUCAUUCAGAAGGAUGUUCCACCUAUGACUGUGGAUGCUAUGAAAAGAACUAUUUCAGGCAUGUUGGGCUUACUUCCAUCUGAUCAAUUUCACGUUGUUAUUGAGGCUUUAUGGGAACCACUCUCCAAGUUGUUGGUUUCUUCGAUGAUGACUGGAUAUACUCUAAGGAAUGCUGAAUAUAGACUUUGCUUAGAACGAAACUUUGAUAUAUCUGAAGAAAAUCUUGAAAAGCAAACAUCAGAAGAUUCUGACGUUGAUUUACAAGGGAUGCUGCUUGAAAGUGCAAAUAUAAUCAAAUUUCAUGCAAAAGACGAGUUUUCACCUAAGGCUGGAGAAGUGAUGGAAGACCCAUUGGAGAAUCUUGAUAUUCAAGGCCUCGGUGAAGUGUCACCUGAGGUUCAACAAUAUAUUCUUCAUUUGCAGGCUCAUUUGUCUUCUGCCAAAAAGGAACUCCACGAUGUCAAAAGGAAAAGUGCUGCUCUCCAAAUGCAACAGUUUGUUGGGGAAGAAAAGAAUGAUUUACUGGACUAUUUAAGAUCACUACAGCCCGAAAAGGUAGCUGAGCUAUCAGAACCAACAUCCCCUGAACUUAAAGAAAUAAUCCAUUCUGUUGUCCAUGGUCUACUUGCAACCCUUUCUCCAAAGAUGCAUUCCAAGGCGCCUCCUUUAUCUGAGAAUACCUCAGCUGGAGCAAUAAAUGUCGGAAGUGAAGAUUGUGCUGAACUAGUUGAAAACACAUCACUUCAAUUUCAGCCGCUUAUUCUAGUAACGCGGGACUACCUAGCACGCCUCCUCUUCUGGUGCAUGCUGUUAGGACACUACCUUAAGGGCCUCGAGUAUCGAAUGGAGCUAACCGAACUUCUUGCCCUAACAAGCAAUCCUGAAGGUGAUACCCCUGAUGGGCAACAAAUUGCCUAAAUGUUUGUCUCCCUUCUUGCAUUUGUACAUAGAUGUGUUGAUAGCAUACAAAAUUUGUUUCUCUUUCAUAAAAGACACUGAAGAACGAAAGUGGGUUAUUUAUGCCAAAACCGUACAUCUUGCUUUAUUUAGUGUACGACCUUUAUCGGUAAUAA